UAGUACUUAUGAUGCUGUGAAAACGCUUUUCUAAUUAUCUUGCAUCAUCGUCAAAUCAAAUCGAUAAUUUUUAAUCCUACCUCCUAGUUUACAAAUGAACAAUUUCGAGCUGGUAUUUCCUCAAAUCCCGGUAAAAUUGAAUUUCGUGGUUAAUUAAUUAAUUUCUGUUUCUUACAUUUCCAUCUUGUAGUGCUUCAUCCCAUUUCCGUAUUUUUAGAAUUUUUUUUUUCCUUGAAUUUCUAUCUGGGCUUGCUUCGAAUCCCUAUAUGAAGUUGAAAUUUAAUUCCUUUCUACCAGUUCUUUAUUUUUCUUGAAUUUCUUUGUCUUUUGAUUUUACUUACUUGUAUGGUUCAAAUCUUUUAUUUUGUUUUCGAAUUCUUUCACCAUUUUCACUCCAUAAGGUGGAUCUGAUCUAUGAAGACAAAUUAUUCAUUCGGGUCUAGUAGUAGUCCCAAAUCCUUCCAGGCCUAUCCAAGGGGUGAUUUUGACUUGGAAUCUGGAAUUGUAAAAAAAUCUCGAAAGCCCAAAAAAUCUCUCAUUAAAAUGCUAAAUUCAUUAGGAAAUAGAAUCCAAUACUAUUACAAGCUUCAUCCUCUUAUGCUCUUCUUGAUUUGCUUUUCAGUUAUGAUUACAAUCAUCAUAAUGAUAUCCAUAUAUGGGAACCCCAUUAGAAUAAUGCCCUCUUAUAGGAAACUAGAUGCUAAUGUGGAUAAUUAUCCGUUUUCGAAGUUUAAGAAUCUUGUAAUGGUGGCGGGCCAUUCGAUUUAUACUAGUAGUAGUUGUGAGAAGGUUGAUAAUGAGGAUUCUUGGUUUUUGGAGUCCAAUCAGAGGCAUCCAGGCCAAGCUGCUACUUUUGUUACGCAUAUACAGAAGGGGGUGGAUAUUGCAGCCGAUGAUGAUGAGGCAUUGCUCUUGUUUAGUGGGGGUGAGACGCGGAAGGAUGCAGGUCCACGAAGCGAAGCACAGAGUUAUUGGGUUGUUGCCGAGUCAAAAGGAUGGUUUGGCAAGCAAGACAAUGUGCGAUCUAGAGCACUAACCGAAGAACAUGCAAGAGACAGCUUUGAGAAUCUUCUCUUCAGUGUGUGCCGGUUCCGGGAGCUUACUGGCACAUAUCCUCAGAAUAUAACUGUUGUAGGUUACGAUUUUAAGGAAGAGAGAUUUGUUCGUCUUCAUCGAUCGGCAAUUGGAUUUCCCGAGGCAAGGUUCUCAUAUGCAGGCACGCCUUCUUCCCAAAAUUCAAGGGAGGCAGCUUUAAAAGGGGAAGCAUUGGUGAGGGCUCAAUUUCAAGACGAUCCUUAUGGUUGCUUAGGUUCACUACGUCGCAAAAAGCUUGGACGCAAUCCUUUUCACCGGUCAAUUCCUUAUCCUAAUGGAUGUCCUGAAAUCGAAGGUUUGUUCAGAUAUUGUGGGAAUGCUCCAUAUCCAGGCUACCUUCCAUGGGCUUAGAAAAAUUGUCUUCUUCAGAAACAAAAACUAGGAUUAAAGUUGAAAAGGAUACAUUGUUAGCAUGUUGAGAAGGUAGAUUGGAUAGCACCCUGCGUAAAUUUAAAUCUUAUCAGUUGCACUUUUCAGUUUUGUCCAUGUGAUAGGCUUACCGGAGAUGCACCGCUUCCUGUAUUUUUUGUAGAAAAGAAUUAAAUGGAAUACCAAGUUCGCUAGUAUAGAGAUAUCUUCAAUGCAGAGCAACGCUCACAAGGUUUGGCAUA